UGGAUUUGAUCCACCUCCUGGCGCCCAGUCUGAGCUAAGCUAACGGUGAGCCUCACGGCCAAAAUGGCGGACAACGAGGAUGACAGCAGUUCGACCAGAACAAUAACAGCCGCCGUUCAGUUCACCCGGCCCGUGGAGAAUGUAUCGGCAGUGGCCGCUGACCAGAGCAGCCCUCCCAGGGAGAGUUUACAGACAGGGUCCGGAGCUGAGAGCAGUCAGCCCGGGGAGAGUUUACCGGCAGGGUCCGGAACUCAGCUGGCGGACUUGUUGCAGUGCUUCCCGGCAGAACAGAGCAUCCUGGUGGGCUCAGAGUUCGCCGGCCUGGGCCCGGAGCUGGUGAACACCACCAUCAUCUAUGUGCAGCCGGACGGCAGCCUAGUGGAGGGCUCCGGGCUGACGGCCGAGGAGCAGCAGGCUCUGCUGGAGCAGCUCACCAAGCAGCAGAUCGUCCAGGUCUCCGACACCGAGGCCGCCCAGCUGCUCCAGCAGAGCCAGCUGCUCAAAACCAUCCCGGUCCACAACACUGCCCUGGACCCGAGUCAGCUGCAGCAGGUUAUUAACCAGGUCACCAAGUCCAAGCAGCAGGUCAUCAACCAGGUCACCAAGUCCCAGCAGCAAGUUCAGGUCCCCCAGCAGAACCUGAAGCAGGUUCAGGUCCCCCAGCAGAACUUAAAGAACGCCUCCCAGCAGCUGAAGAGCGUGGCCCAGCAGGUGGCCAUGCAGACUGGAGGCUCAGUGCAGGUGAUCCAGAAGAAGUUGGAGCCAGUCAGGAUACAGAUCCAGGUUCCCCCCAAACAGGAAAUUAAGUGUGUGCCCACCCCCCAGCAGAAGAGUGUAGCUGUCAAUCAUCAGCAGGUAAAGCUUUCAGCCAAUGGCAGCGUGAGCAAUGCCCAGAUCAUCCACAUCCAGCCUGUGAUUGGUCAGCAGAGUCAGCAGUUCUUCCUGCAGCAGGGCGCAGGCGACGCCCCCAUCCAGCUCCUGCUGCAUAGCCCCGCCCCCGUCCCCGUCGGGUCUCUGCUCCCAUUGGUCCACAAGCUCACAGGCCAGACAACCUCCUCCAGUCAGAAGUCCCCCCUAAGAGUCCAGGCCUCCGCCAUCGUCAGGACCUCGCCCACCACUGCCGCUAAGACCGUUAGUGUCCCACUAAUCAAAACCCCCAUUAACGGCACGCCGCCAGCUGCCUGUAAGAGUCCCGUUAAAUUGCCUGUAGUCAUCACAGCGGUCCCAGUACAGAGCGCCCCACCUGCUGCUGCCCGAUCCGCCACCGCAGUCCCGCCACCUGCAGUGAAGGACAGAGAGAAAGAGAAGAAGAAGAAGAAGAGGGAGAAGAAGGCAGCUAAGGUUCAGACCCGAUCGGGUCGAGUAUCCAGGCCGCCAAAGUACAAAGCCAAAGACUACAAGUUCAUCAAGACGGAAGACCUGGCCGAUAGCCACCAGUCUGACUCUGACGACUACUCUGACAUGAGCGUGGAGGAGGAGGGCGAGGGCGGCACAAAGGAUGGCCCCUCCGCCGGAGCCUCCCCCUCCCUCACGUACAGCCACAAGUCUCGGUCCCACCGCUGCCAGACCUGCGACAAGGCCUACAUCGGCGCCGGAGGCCUGAACCGGCACUACAAACUGAACCCGACGCAUGGAGAGCCCGAGCCGCCCGGCGACACUCCACACCCCCUCCGAGACGACAGCCAAUCACAGGAGACGACAGCAGGUGGGGACAGAGAGGACGAGGAGAAGAAGAAAGAGGACAAACCUGCAGCCACGGCAACAAGCAGGGUAGAGGGGGGUCCAGCAGCAGCUGUAGGACUCAGGGGCCUCCAUCAUCGGGGCCCCGGCCGGCCCCGAGGUCGAGGACGUGGGCGGGGCAGGGGGCGGGGCCGACCCAUGGGUCCGCCUCUGAAGGUGACAGGGGGCCUCGUCAGUAGGCGGGGCCGUCGCGGUCGACCUCCAAAGCUCGCCGUCACCACUGUCACGGCAGAGCAGCAGGCAGAGAAGAGACGAGAGCGACUGCAGGAGCUGGUGGAGCAGUGUGAGGACGAGGAGCUGAUGGACGUCGUUCUUCCUCGUCUGACCAAAGUGUUGAGUCUGUGGGAGCUGCUGCUGGCAAAGGUGGAGGGCGGUGGUCCAGCUCGAACUCGAUUUCCAGACAUUUACCGUGAGUUUGAGUCCCUGCAGGCGCAGGUGAGACAGGCUGCUCAGGAUUACAUCAUCAGCCCGCAGGGUGGAGCGACGCCGCUGGAGGUCAGGAACAUCGAGGUUGCCAGGUCUCUGGGGAUCCUGGACGAGGUAAACAGGAUGAAGGUCGUUCCUGGAUUGUCUACCAAUUCUAGUCUGACCAAUAAGAACGUCCGAUACAUGGAAAAUUCAAAGAUGCUGCCGCCCUCAAAGAGAUUCAAGAUGGAGAACAGCGCUCCAGCUCAACAGAACGGCAUCGAGACUCGCAGAACAGGUGGGACUCCAGGGAGCUCCUCUCUGAAGCCCUGCUCUGUCUCCGUCUCUCCUCUGGUGAUUCCAGCUGCAUCCAAACGGCCUAGCACCUCUGCUGAGCCCGCCUCCAGCUCCAUCCAGGCUCCGCCCCCAGACACGCCCAUGGAGGAGCCCCCCGCUGAGGAGACAGUGGAGGUUCCGCCGGCGAGCCAGGACCAAACCCUGAACUCCAGUGACAUCAGAGCCCAGAUGAAGGAGCUGGAGAAAGCUCUGGGUUCAGGUCCCGAGUCAAAACCGAAGUCCGGCUGCACGCAGACUCCCGAGUCCAGCUCGGUUCGGACUUCCUGUCAGCUCGAGCAGAGGGACUCCUCGCCUCCCGGGUCUGGCUCAGCUUCCCGCUGCGAGCCCAAAGAGCUGCAAGAGGGUGAAGAGAUCUACAUCCAGACGGACGGCCUGACGGUGCAGCUGGCAGAGCCCGGUUUGGAUCGGAUUGUGAUCGUCAACGGGCCGGAUGGCACCACCAUGCACAUCCAGACCCCGGAGGGCGUCCCCCUGGAGGCGGUGCAGGCCCUGCUGGGCAUCGAGGCUGCAGACGGAGCCAAAGCUCCUCAGUGAGCCCUGAACUGGACCUGCCGGCCGGCACAGUGUUCCCGUCAACAGAGGCUCACUAUCUCUUUAUUUUGUGGUGCUCAUAUCUGAUAUUUACAUACUUGUUAUCUUGAAAUACAUGAAACUGAACAUUUAAUAACAGCUUCAACAUCUGAAUAUGAGCUCCUAUAUAACAUACACACAUGCACACAUGUAUGUGUAUCUUCUCACUUGUCACCUGUGACGAUGUCCGCAGAUCUUCCUGCUGUUUUUUUAAGGACUGGAGUGAUUGUAAAUUUGUAAACUUGUUUUUUUUCAGUGUUUCCAUAUUUAAACUUGUUUAUUUCAAAAUAGAAACUGAUGACUUGGCUGUUUAUAUGUAGAUAAAUAUGAAAAAAAAAAGUUUAAAAGACGUUGCACUAUUUUAUUACUUUUUAUAAAACUUCCCAGCGAAACAUUUCCCCAACGUUACCGAUGUCUUGAGUUAUUAAACACAUGAAGGAAGUUCAA